AUGGCGCCGAAGAAGAUGCCGAAGGGCAAGUCGGGCUUCUUCGGCGUGAGGCAGAAGCCCUCCGGUAACUUCGGAGUGGAGUUCUCCGACGCCGGAAGGCAUUGGUGGAUCGGCACGUACCCCUCCGCCCACGAGGCCGCGCGUGCCUACGACGUGGCGGUGUGGCGUGCCGAGAGGCCUCGGGAGCACCUCAACUUCCUAGAGAUCGAGAGUCGGGCGGAAGCGGAGAUGCUUGUGCCGCAGGGCAUCAAGAUGAAGGAAAUCCCGACGAAGAAGUCGUCGGUUGUCAUCAGUGCCAGCGAGACCGACGAGGAGGCGAUGGCAAGGUUUGCUCGGGAGCAUCCGGAGUACGUCCAGGCCGAGCUGGAGUUCUACUAG